AGGGUACUGUUGAACCCUGAUACUGUAAAUUAUUUGUCUAUUAUGAAAAUAGGCAGUGUGUUUUUUCCUUCCUUUUGUGCUCUUUUUUGCAUAGAGGCUCUAGAUAGGACAAGUAGUUAAGAAUCAGUAUUUAAACAUCAUCUGUAAGGGGCACUUUGACCCUAGCAUACAUGAGUUUUAGUUUCAGUUAUUCCAAUAGGAGUGGAAUUGAUCUCCAAACCUUUAUAAGUAAAAUAAUUACUUUUUCACCAAAGGCCCCACCUUCCAAACAGCCCAUGAGGACUAUCUAGAAUGUGGAAGACUGACACUAAUUUAUGACCCCUUCCCAUGUUAAGGAGCUGUAUUUGCCAUAUAUGUCGACAGGGAAUUAAACAUGGAACUGUCCCAGUUAUGCAGAAGAUGAGAAAAUAAAAGCAAAGGGGGCACAUAAAUUAGAGAAGCAGAACCUCCUAUGGUUUAUGUUCUUACACUCUUUCUCUUACACUACACCAAGCAGGUUAGGUUACUUCUAGUUACUUCUAGUAUAGGUUACUUCUAGUAUAGGAGCUUAGCUGAAAGAAGCCAUUCUCUAGAAUGGUCCUAGGGACAUAAUAUGCAGAGUGUUAUUUGUUACUUUCUUCUCUGUUCCUUUCACUUUUCAAUUUCCAACCUGUACUGAUUAUGCCAUCUUGUCUAGUUCUGGUCAUUUAUUUUUGUCUUUCUGCAGAGUGAUGAAACUUGUAUGGUUUGCAGCACAUGGAUUUCUAUAUGCUUGUAGUGCAAGCACCACAGAUUAAAACUGCAUUAUCUUUGUACUGAAUCUGAGUAAAUUGUUGCCAGUUUCAACUUCUGGAGAGUGGAUGCAUGUAAUGGAAUACUGGAAAGCUAUUAACCUCACAAGUUAAUCAGUCAGUUGGUCAUCUUCUGCCUUUUGAGAGAGACCUUAGGGAGCUCUUCUAGCAACAGUAAAGUACUUCAGAACAUUGCAUAACUCCUAAAUGAUUGGCUGAGAUAAUACUGAAAAACUCUUUGCUAUGAGGUUGCAACAAUAACAGUAAAGCAUCGUUUACAUUCACUUCAGUCAAAAUACGUUGAACAGUUAUGGAAAUAGAACAUGAGCAGACGGAGAACAUCAGCUCUACAGAAUUGGAUAAUCUGAGUGAUACCCCAUUUUCUGGUGAUGAUGAAAAUGCUGGAACUGAGGAAACAAAACCUGAGAUCAAUGGUAACUGGAUCCCUGCAACAUCAAUUAAUGAAGCUAAAGUCAAUGCCAGAGCAAAGAGGAGGCUGAGAAAAAAUUCUUCGAGAGACUCUGGGAGAGGAGACUCAGUGAGUGACAAUGGAGAAACACUGAAAAGUGGAGUCACUGUGCCAACGAGUCCAAAGGGAAAGUAUCUGGAUAGGCGAUCUCGUUCAGGAAAGGGAAGGGGCCUACCCAAGAAAGGUGGUGCAGGAGGUAAAGGUGUUUGGGGAACGCCUGGACAAGUGUACGAUUUGGAGGAAGUAGAUAUUAAAGACCCCAACUAUGAUGAUGAUCAGGAUAACUGUGUCUAUGAAACUGUAGUUCUGCCUUUGGAUGAAAGAGCAUUUGAAAAAACACUGACUCCAAUAAUCCAGGAAUAUUUUGAACACGGUGAUACUAAUGAAGUUGGGGAGAUGCUGAAAGAUCUCAAUCUUGGUGAAAUGAAAUACAGUGUACCAGCGCUAGCUGUCUCAUUGGCAUUAGAGGGAAAGGCCAGUCAUAGAGAGAUGACUUCUAAACUCCUUGCUGACUUGUGUGGGACUGUAGUCGGCAGACAUGAUGUGGAAAAGUCAUUUGACAGACUUCUUAAAGACCUACCAGAAUUGGUACUGGACACUCCCAGAGCACCACAGUUGGUGGGCCAGUUUAUUGCAAGAGCGGUUGGAGAUGGGAUUUUACGCAGUAGCUACAUAGAUGGUUACAAAGGGACUGUGGACUGUGCUCAGGCUCGGGCUGCUUUAGAUCGAGCAACGGUACUGCUAAGUAUGACCAAAGGUGGGAAACGCAUAGACAAUGUAUGGGGAUCAGGAGGUGGGCAGCAGUCUGUGAAGCAUCUUGUAAAAGAGAUUGAUAUGCUGUUGAAAGAAUACCUCCUUUCAGGAGAUGUUUCUGAGGCAGAGCGUUGUCUUCAGGAGUUAGAAGUACCCCAUUUUCAUCACGAACUUGUAUAUGAAGCAGUUGUGAUGGUUUUGGAAUCAACUGGCGAAACAAAUUUUAAAAUGAUGCUCGACUUGUUGAAAUCCCUUUGGAGAUCUGCUGUCAUUACUACGGACCAAAUGAAAAGAGGUUAUGAGAGAGUUUACCGUGAAAUCCCAGACAUUAAUCUUGAUGUGCCCCAUUCAUAUUCUGUGCUUGAGAGGUUUGUUGAGGAAUGCUUUAGUGCAGGAUUGAUUUCAAAACCAUUACGAGACCUCUGUCCUUUCAGGGGAAGGAAACGCUUUGUAAGUGAAGGAGAUGGUGGCCGCCUGAAAGCUGAGAGCUACUGAAUACACGAACCAACUCUUGCAGCUGUAUAUGUUUAAAGGGAAUAUAUGUGUAUAUAUUCUAUAGUAAGAGUUGCUUAGCACAGUUCAUUUAUUUUUACAAGAUGCACUUGUUUGGGGACACAAAUAACUUCUGAAAAUUUUAUAAACUUGCGUUCACAAGGGAGAAUAAUUCCAUUUUCUUUUCUGUAUCUAUAGUUGGAUGGAACAAAUAACCAUUUUUAUGGAGAUUGGCUGAAAUAAGCUAUUUAAGUGCCAUAUGUUUGACCUAAUCAUUCCAUGUUUUGCAUUGAUGCCUGCCUGCCACUGCUUUCUUUCAAAGACAGUGUUUUUGAAGUAAAAUCACUGGUUUAUAUAAAGCUUUAUAGAAUGGGUCAAGUUAAGCUGCUGGAACUCUAUUUGGCUGCUACUGUGAAAAAAGGUUAUUUGUUUUAAAGAAUCUAAGAAAUUUAGUUCAAUCAUAAGAUGUAUUCAUCUUUUUCAGGGAACAUAAGUAUUUGCUCCUAAACUAGUUCAGCAAAUGGUGGCUGGAACAUCUAUUUUUUUUUCCUACAAAACUGAAAAGGUAAACAGUUUUGAUAGAAUGUAUUGCAAAAUAAACUUUUCUGAAGUAA